AGAGAUGCGGUCGGGCCGAGGUAUGAGAUCGAGGUCGCGACGGGGAGGGUACGCUACGUACCCGAAGGCUCGGACGCUCGGCCCCCAGUCCACCUUCCACAAAGAAACGGUCUGCUUGUAGUCGCGAGCGCGAUAGCCUCUACGCUACCGAUGGCCUUGUGUGCGAUCCUCUUGACGGCGCUCUUCGCGGCGCCCAUCGCGGCGUACCGGGACAUCUCCGACACGCAUGGGUCGCUGGCCGCCGCGAUACAGAACGGGUCCGAAGAGUCCGGGACCUCACCCGCGACUUUGACCGCUGAGAACCGCGAAGAGCCGGGCACCUUGCCCGCGACUGCGCCCGCUGAGAAACACGACGAGCCCAGGAUCUUGCCGGCGACGCUGCCCGCCGAGAAGCUGAACGUGUCCGGAGGUCCCGGGACCCUGCCCGCCACCGCUGCGGCCGGGACGCAGGAGCUGCCGAAGGCAGACGCCCUCCGCGAGCUCCUUGACGAAAACAGCGGCCCAGUUGCCGCGUCGAUGAAGGCGGCCGACGAGUCGGCCGCGACGCUGCUGGACUCUGCCAGGCAGUGGAAGAGCGCGGGCGAGGACAUCAAGAGGGAGUUCGAGGUGUCGGUGAAGACGCAGGUCGACGAGACUGGCAAGACACUCGAGGAAGAGCACGGCGGCGUCAAGCAGGAGGCCGACGAGAAGCCGAAGAGGGUGUUGGAGGAGCUGAGGCAGAAGCACGCGGCGAGCUCGCCGAGCGGAGCCGGCAGUCACAACGGCUCCGUAGGCGAGGAGUGA